CGGAGACAGACAGGAAGUGGGUACACCUCCCUCCUGCUGUGACCCUCGUCUAGCAUUUGGUAAUACCUGGCCUAGUUUCCAGUCUUGCUUCUCUAUCCAGUCGUGCUGGCGAGGAACGCAUAGAUAGGUUCAGAUCCCACGAGAGGCAACUGCUGUCGCAGCAGCAGCAGCAGCACCAGCAGAAGCAGCAGCAGCAGCAGGCGAGCAGGAAGGCAGGCGCCGCCAUGGGAGCGCCAAAGCUUCUCGGCGGUGUUGCACUGGUCGGCUCUACAGUGUUCUAUGUCCUUCCCAUGUCCAUGCAUGUGGCGUUCGGCGCGGAUAUUCCCCCCUCCACCUACUUCGGUAUGGCGGUGUUGAUUGGGCUGCCGAUCUUGGGUUUCAUCGCUUUCGAGAUGUGGAAGACUCUGGGCGAUAACCGGCGGGUUCGAAAAGAGCGGCGCAAACUGGAGACUAUCGAGGCGCAAUCGUUUGGAUGCAUCCGGCCGCAAGUGCUCGACUCGUUCGUGGUGUUCCCCGUUAGGGUCAGCAAGCGCGGCUGCGCUGGUUCUUCUUGGGUAGAACUGGGAGAGCAGGCCGUGGCGGUCAAUCUCUGCGCCGCUGCUAAAAUUUCGGGGGCGGUGGACACGGAGGGCCCAUUGAGAAGGCUGUGCGAGGCGACGUUUGGUUCGGAGCUGGACGUCAUCGUGUACUGCGGCGGUGGUACAGCAGGACCGACGGGGCUAGCAGUGGGAGUUGGGCGCCAAAAUUUUGGACCGUACCUAGCUAGCCGUGUGGCGCAUUCCAUCAAGGAGGCCAUGAGACUGGGGAUCCAGGGUCAAUGACGAGCGGCAGUCGUAAUGGAUAUACGGGAGUUUUUUUAAGCUGGAUGUUGUCCCGGGAAGAGCAAAAGGCACGUUCGCUCAGUGUCUCUCUACUAUCGUAUUUCGGACUUGCUGUGCAAUUACUGUAGUAAAAUAUUGAACAAUGUGUUGGCAGGGGGGCGGACAAGACAACCUACAAGCUCUCACGCGCAUAUACGAAACUUGGAGUCAUCGCGUCGACACUCUGCAAUUUUCUCUCAAGUUCAACGGUGCGUACGGUGCCUCGAGGGGUGGGUCUCGAUUGUAGCACAGAACCCUGCAUUGCAGAACAGUACAACCGCCACUCCUUUUUUCGGUGUUGGUCGCUGGUCUUCAACAACGUGCGGCGGACAUGGGUUGUCGAACCAUACUUGUACACUAAUUUUGCAGCCUCAUUUGGCCAAGAGCUAUCGGCCUGGGUUACCUGCCCCCGCCCAACGCAGGCAAUAUGUCGGGGAUGCUGUAGGUAUACCGACUUGCCCCAGAACAUAUCCAUGGAGGCCUUGGUUAGGAGCGUUGGUUUUCCUUCACGGAGUACAAGGAGCCUCGCAACCGUUUGCCGUGCUUUGAAGAGUUUCCUCCUCCAGCUAUACUAUGGAAGAAGCGGCAAAUCAUCCCUCCAAGAGGACUAUUGGCGGGCAGGGGUCAAAGGCCUCUGUUUCAUACGUAUU